UAGCUUUCAUCGAAAGGAGCUAGUACCAUGGCUCUGCCCACGACCAGAGCCACCACGGCGACGGCCACCCACGCGGUUGUCCAGGCCCUGGAAUCGUACAUCCAGAACCAGAAUUUGCUGGGCGACGUCGCCGAACUGGACGACAUGCUGUACGACCUGGUGGACAUGCACAAGGACAACGAGUUGGCCCUCAAGCGGGUGCUGCAGUGCAUCCACAACCUGUUGCAGACGAACAGCAAGUGGAACGUGCGCUUCGGGCCGAAGGUGUUCCACAAACUGGUCUCCGUGGUGAUAGCGGAUAGCCCCGAGGAUUCGGUCAGCCGGCGUCAACUGGUGGCCAACCUGCUGGUCUGCGUGCAGCUCCACAUUCGGAAGUUUCCGCGCAUCGAAGCCAAGUUCGUGCUGCAGCAGCUCUGGUCGCUCAGCCAGACGAAUGAGGACCAGCCACAUGCGGCCCAGAUUCUGGUCCACCUUUUCGACGAAUUCAUCCACAACCUGGGCGUGGAAUGCGCCCAGGAAUUGCUGCCUGUCACCCAGAAUCUUCUGCGCUCGGAGGUGCGGGAGGAUCGACGUUCGUCCUAUUACCUCAUGCACAAGUUGCAGGAGAUCAAGGAGGUAUUGGCUGCCCUCCAGUGCAGCGAACUGCAGUGGAGCGCCUAUGUGGGCAUCAUGGAGAAUAUGGAGGAGCAGCAGUCGCACCUGGUGCUGCCCACUCUGAGCACCUUGUUGCCGCGCGUGGGAUUGUUGUCUACCAACUUGAGUGAGGAUUGGCUCAGCUGGCUUAGGAUUCUGUGCACUCGCCUUCUCAGCGACAACAAUAUCCUCGUCCUGCGCUGGACUCUAAAGUACUUCUUGUCGCAUUUCAGCCUGGCCCAACUAGCGCGCUUUAAUCUCCUGCCGGAGUUCCUGGCCGCCACCAAUCGAACACAGCUUUACAAUCCCGAGGUGCCCGAUUGCCUCACUCAGAAGCAAAUACAUCACUUUAUGGCUGAAUACCCGGCGGAACUUUUGCUAGAGGCCCUCGUUGCAGUUCCCUGGCAUUGUGUGCCCCUCCUCCAUUGGCUGACGGGCUGGGAAUUGACACAGUUGCCGGUGGUUUCCAAGGAGCUGCUCCUCCAGCUAAGCGCCCGCGUCCGUUCGCUUCAAAAUACGGUUCUGCGCGGUGCAGCCAUCAACCAUGUGCUUUUCUCGUUAACUGCCACAAUUGACAGCCUCUCUUUGGGAGACUACCUACUGUUCAUUGAGUCCUUGUACAAUACUAUCGACCGAUAUGAAGACCAUCAUAGACUAAUUCACAAAAUAACCUCUUGCAGCGUCUUAGAAGAACAUAUUGCUAAUUUUAACAGUCGUUGCUGCGAGCUUGUCUCUGAAAUGGACUAUAAAUACGACGUUUUUGUUGAGUUUUUGAGGAAACUACGGACAUUGCCAAAAUCCCAACAUGGUUGGUGGCGCCUUUUACCCAUAUUUCUGCACCGGGAACUAGAUAGGCCCGAAGAAUAUUUGGAUUUCUAUCGCUCUGUCUAUCAAAUAGAUACGUCUCUGCUUGAAAGUGGUGUGAGUCUGGAGGAGAUGCAGCUGCACCUUCUAAAUCGAUUGGAUUGCCGGACGAGGGAGGAAAAGUCCUUUGUGCGCGAACACUGCGUGGAUCUUUUUGUUAAGGUAAAUCUUCCAACAUGGAGCAAGUUGGAAGAGUUGAACCUCAGACCUUUGGAACUUUUGGAUCAGGGCACGGCAGGCACAUUUGCCACCUUGACUCAAAUCUUGUCCACGCAUAACCAACCAUUGGAAGAUGGGGACGUCUUGCCUGCUCUGAUUUCCCGAUUGGGGAAGCUCAAGUGUCGGGAAACGCAAGCCAUCUUAAAAUAUGCAGUGGGAUAUCUAUCUGCGGAAGAGUAUGAUAAAUGCGUAGUGGACGUUUUGCAGAAAAACACAUUUCUAUUGGGUACCUUGGAUUGUGAAGAAUAUAUCAAAGCACCUCCUUCGUUUGUUCUGAAAAAGUUGCUGGAAGGAGAAACCACCACAGGCGAUGCACGCAUAGAACGUGCUUUUGAGCUUACGUUUGGCCAACGUGCGGAUACAGAAGCCAUGUCUCGAGUGCAAUUUAUUAAUUAUGCCAAGAAUAGCAGUCUCUUAGAUAUCAGCAGUAUUUGUGACGAUUUGUUGCGAAUGAACAACGAAUUGUCCAAGAAGAAACCACGUUAUUUUGCCAACUGCAAGGAACACAGAACCAAAAUGCGUAUUGCCAAAGCUCUGCUUGACCUAAGCGAUAAAUGGAAGUGGUCGAUGCAGUUGUGGGAGGCAGUCUUGUGCCCCAGCGAUCAGCCUAACAUUAGCUUUGUGUACGAGUACCUUGUCGCCAAAAUGCUGCCCAGCAUCGAUCCUUUGCUGGAGCAAUUGAAGCUGCUGGCAACUCUUAAGCCGAGUCAACAAAUGUCGCUUGUUUCUGUAGUCCACAUAUACUGCCUGUCUCACUGGGAAAGUGUUAAACUAGAGCAACUAUCGGAAAUCUUUGCCGUUCUUCUGCCUUUAACAAUGGGAGCCAAUUUUCAGACUCGCCUGCUGGCCCAGUUGGUUCUGCAUCGUAUUUGUACUGAGUGCGAAUUAAGCAGCAUUGAAAUGCCACUAGCUGGUGCAUUGAAAAAGUCAAUUGAGGCUACUUUGGGUGACAAAUUAAAUGAGUUUAAGAGUGAAGCUCGACUUUUGUUACCGGAAUUACACCUAGAGUGUCCCACAUCCCAGUCUGAUGCGAUUCUCUGGAUGACAAAUGCACCCUUUGAUGAAAACAUUAGCUUCGUUUCCUGUCGAUAUGCAUUUAGAGUAAAACUUGAGCGCGCUCGCGAGACAUUUAAAGCGAAAAGGGCAGGAUUAGCGCCUGAGCUGUCGUCGUCUUCGGCAUCUAAUGGAAAUGUCCAGAGAAAAAUGAAUCCCAUUGGUGAUAUUUACCCGGAGAGUGACUUUGACGAUGCGAACAAAGCUCCGGAUAACCAGGAGCUCAUUGUGGUGGCUUCCCUUAUAGACAAACUGCCUAAUUUGGGUGGAUUGGCGCGCACUUGUGAGGUGCUGGGCGUCAAGACCCUGAUUUUGGGUCUCAAAUCACAGGCGGAGAAAAGCGAUUUUACGAACUUGAGCAUGACUGCUGAGAAAACUUUAAACAUACUUGAAGUGAAACCGGAAACUCUAGCUGAAUUUUUGCUGGAAAAGCAAAUGGAGGGAUACAAAAUCGUUGGGGCUGAGCAAACAGCGCACAGCACAAACUUUGUCGACUUCAAGUUUCCCAAAAAGAGCAUUCUAUUGUUGGGGCACGAAAAGCAUGGAAUACCAGCGGACCUCAUUGGAUUCUUGGACUAUGCUGUAGAAAUUCCCCAGUUCGGAUUGGUGCGCUCCCUGAAUGUACAUGUGACUGGAUCACUUUUUAUUUGGGAAUACUGCAGGCAGCACUUGACCAAGGAGUAAACCCUUUUUUGGGCCGCCUAUAUUUUAAUUCACAAAUGCCUUAUGAGUACUGUAGAAAUAGACAGUAUAGACAGUAUAAAAUACGUAAUGUCUUAAAAAUUUUAAUAAAAGAACCUUCAAAUAUAAACAAA